CAGAAGUAAACAAAAAUUUUGUCGCCUUGUUUACUGAACUUCGAAGUUACAGAUGAAGUAAAUUUUAUUUAUAGGACCAUUUUAGAUAUUGUACGAUGAGAUAGCUAUAUGAUGUCAUCCCCCAGUGUGAAAGCUGAGAAUGGGAGUAAGGUGUUGCCAGGAGACAAGUCUGGGUUGCCAUGGGAGAUAUGGAGAAUUAUACUUUCCUACCUCUCUGCAGAAGACCUUUGUGGAUCAGCCUGUGUAUGUAAAACAUGGAAUGAUCUGGUUAUGAGUCUGGACAGUACUAGGUGGCAUGAAUUAUAUUUACAAUGUUCAGAUUGGAAACAUCCAUAUUGGCCUCUAAACACAGACUCUGAGCCGUUGUCAUGGCGACAAGCUUACAGAGACCAAAUAAUGUCUAUAAGGUUCUGGAGUCGAUACUCCAAGGAGCCAGAUCCUGGCACUAACUGUUUAUAUGUAUUAAAACGCAGAAAGGAUCGAAAAGUGAUAAGAGUAGGACGAGACAUGGAACAUAGUACGUUAAAGAGUGCUUUAGCGGUCGCCAACGAUUACGAUAGAAUUGAGGUGUACCCUGGGAUAUAUGAUGAACAGUUUGAGAUGUCAUCCAAAAUACCGUUUGAAUUGAUUGGAGUUGGAGAGCUUGGGAGUAUAAUUCUGGUUGUUUGUAUUGAGCAGAUAGGACUAACCGGACGAGUCAGUAACCUUGUAUUCAGGGCGCCAUGGUUUACUAAUUUUAUAUUAAAGGUGCGGUUUGGAUAUCUGCAGGUAGAUAACUGUAUAUUGGAGGAUGGAAUGGUCUACGUACAAAGUCCUGGGUCUAGUCACAUAAAAUACUGCACAUUUAGACAUGCAACUGUCAUCUUUCAACAUCUGACAGCAAGUAUUAUUGAGAAUUGUGAGUUUUCACAAACUGACACAGCUGCAGUGACUGUUGAAGGGUAUCCAAAAGAUGAUAGGAAUUGGACCUACAAUUCUCUAUUGGAAAAAAUAUCACAAAAUUGUAAUAUAAAGAACUUUAAUCGACAGAAAAAAGACGUUGCUCCAUUUUCUGCGUAUUCUGCAUCAACUGCAUUGACAUCUGGUCAAAAGACACUUGAAAAAUCGUACACAUUUUCAACAGAUCGUGAUUUUGAUCAUCGAAGGAAAAGUAUUUGUAGUUCAGGGAAAUUUUCAAGCAUGGUAACGACAACAGAUCAUGGGAAUUGGGGUCAUAGUUCAAAUGGGUCGGUGCAUUUUGAAUCUGUUAUAAAUUCUGAUGUUUUGGAUUAUCUUCCUAUACCUACAGCAGUACUUUGUGAUCUUCCAUCAGUUAACAUGAUGACACCAAGUCUUCUGCCAAGAUUUGAUUUGUCCACUUAUUUGUCAAAAUCGGGUAAUGAUCAUGAAAAAUUUGAACAAAAUGGCCAAGAUAAUUAUUUAAAACCAACGAUAUCUCAGUCAAGUGAACAAAUGUUUUCUUUACAAAAGACUUCCACAAUGGAAGAUACUUCAUGUGAGCCGUCUGCUCUUACAAUGGAAGACUCUGUAUUAAAGCUACCUGAGUCUUCACCAUCAAAUGUGAAUGGACAGGCAUCAUCCAAUGAGAAUGGUUCAUCAAAAUCAAAUGCGAAUGGUCCAUCAUUAUCCAAUGAGAAUGGACUGUCAUCAUCCAAUUUGAUUGGUCCAUCCUCAUCCAAUGAUAAUCCUCCAUCACCUAGUGAUUAUGUGAAUGGAGAUACAAUAGACUCUUCAAGAAACUGUGCUAAUUAUGUAAUGGAAAAUGAUGCAAGAAAUGUACAAGAAGAUGAUGAGGCAUCGUCACAACAUUCCAAUGCUAUCAGUAACCAUAGUAAUAGGUCAGGAAGUAGUGAAAGUCUGUACCGGGAAGAUUCAGAUGAGUUUGAUUCUGGAUCAGUUGACAGUGGUAAUUCUAAUCAUCUUGUAGGUGGUAGUUCCACUAGCAGCAGUGACAUUGAAGAGGUAUCCUAUUCAUCUGACGAUUUCUCAUCGGAGGAAGAAUCAGUUAUCAUGUUAUCACAUCCUGACCAUCAAAUGCCAAGGUCAAUCUCCUCCAUUAGUCUGGGAGCAGACGUACAGUCAAUCUGUAGUCAGAACCAAUCAGAACACAUUAAAAUCAUCGAAGAUAAUGACAUGAAGAAAGUUUUGGACGAAAUUAGAGGAUGUAUGAUUCAUCGAUGUCGGAUCACGCAGGGUAAAGGGGGUGUGGUUGUAGCGUUACAAGGUCAUGCUGUGAUAUCUCAUUGUGAUAUUAAUUCUGUUGGAUAUGGUAUGAGAUGUAUUCAGAAUUCAAAGGUUGUGAUAUUAAAGAAUGAGAUCCAUCAUUGUAGAACCUCAGGAAUUUUUAUGAGAUUAGCAGCUUCAGGUGUUAUAGCAGGCAAUGAUAUACAUUCCAAUUGUGAGGCUGGUAUUGACAUAAGAAAGAAUGCUGAUCCUAUUGUACAGUGCAACAGAAUUCACCACAGUAAGAGAUCAGGUGUUGUUGUACUUGGGAGUGGGCGUGGUCAGAUUAAAAGUAACGAGAUCUACCAAAACAAGGAGGCUGGAGUUUACAUUCUGUACAGAGGGAAUCCUAUUGUCAGCAAGAACCAUAUACACAGUGGAAAGGCUGCUGGGAUAGCUAUCAAUGAAGGAGGUACAGGGUAUAUUGCUGACAAUGUCAUAUCUGAGAACCAUUGGGGAGGUGUAGACAUACGACAUGGAGGUGACCCAGUCAUAGUCCAGAAUGUCAUCUGUAAUGGUCUGUCUGAUGGCGUUGUUAUUGGAGAGAAAGGAAAGGGCAGCAUAGAAAAUAAUGUGAUAUCAGGGAAUUCUGGGUGUGGAGUCUGGGUUACUACUGCUUGUCAGCCUAUGAUCCAUGGGAACCAGAUCAACAACAAUGGAAGUAAUGGAAUUACCUUUGUAAACAAAACUGAUUUGUCCCAUGAAGGGGAGACAAUGAAUGUUGAUAUAGGAGAAAUGACGAGUCAGCGUAGCAUGCAGAUGUGGCAGCUCUUUAAUGAUGAACAGCCACCACCAAGAAGAAUGUGUACCAGAGCCACUGUGGAAUAUAACAGCAUAUACCAUAAUAAUGGUUGUGGAAUAAAAAGUAAUUUUGGGGAUGAGUUGGUAAUUCAGUGUAAUGCUGUCCAUGGUAACAGAAGAGAUGGUAUGCUACUGAACCAGAACUCUCCUGUCUUAGUGAAGGACAAUAGUGUCACAUGUAACAGUGGUAAUGGUAUUAUAACAGACAAUCAGGGAAAGAUUAAAAUCCAAGGCAAUGGUGUAUAUGACAACAGAGACCAUGGUAUUAUCAGUCAGUGUGAGGUCAUAAUCGAGGACAAUGAUGUGGUUGGUAACCAGAGGAGUGCAAUACAACUAGACAGAAACCCCUCUGUAAAGGUUGUAAAGAACAGAAUUCAUUCCAAAUCAGACAAAGCCAUAAUCAUGACAACCAUUUCCGAAGGUCAAAUCCAUGACAACACACUGUUUAAAGGUCAAAGAGAUCCACUUCAGUGUUCAUCAGAUUCCAAGUGUUCUGUGAAAAAUAAUGAAAAUGUUGACAUGGAUAUAAAAACAAAUGCCAGUGAUGAAUUAAAUACAAGCAAACAUGGCAAAGACUUUAGUCUUCUGAAGGACCCACCAGCUAGACCUCACAUAGAGGCUCCUCCCAGAAUUAUCAGGGCACCUGCCAAUCAAAUAACAACUGUAACCAGGGUAACCAUACCAUCAGACAAUCAGUGUCAAGAUGGAAGUAAACUGUGUAUAAUAUUAUAAGAUUUGAAAGUGUAAAAAGACUUUUGAUUGGUUAAAAGUUUAAUAUGUUGUGUUGAGGAUGUAACAGAAUAUUUGAUUUGUUUAAAAUUCAAAGAUUCAUUAGCAGGAAGGAUGACAAACUUAUACAAAUGGUAGUAUGUCAUUCUCAUUAUGUUCCACUUGUAUUGCUAACUGUUUAUUACCAUGUCCAAACUUGCAUUUAACAAUCUUAUUUCCGCUUUUUGUAUUAUUAGCCUAGUUUAUCCCUUCACUAUUUUUAUUACUGUGUAAUAAAAUGUGUUGAGUUGAUAAGUCAAAAAGUAUUAGUUUUGGAGAUAUAUAAUUUUUCACCAUAAAAGUACACACUUUAAAAAAAAUGACCUAAAAGAAAGACCUUAUUUUCUGUUAUUCACUACUAGACAUUUAUCAUGUGAGUCUUUCAAAUUUUAUUUUUAUAAUAAUUACAUGAAUUAUAUUUAGGUGGUAGCAAACACCCUAACUAACAUUAUUUGACUCGUUUAAUUUUCAUGAAAUUUCAUCAAAAUCUUAACUUUGAUCUUUUGACAAAAAUAUAAAAAUUUCAGAAACUUGAUUCCCUCACUUUAUCUGAAUAAAUUCAUUGGUAAUACAUAUUUUUGAACAUCCUGGCACUUUACUUUACUAGGAGGUAAAAUUCGCUUGAUUCUACCUCCAACUCUAUGGGAAAAUACAAUUUUUAAUUCUAAUUUAAAACCAAACGGUAAAAGAUAUCACAAAGAUUUUUUUAACACAUGUUUAAUAUAAUAAGGAGAUUUGAAAAAACGAUCUCAAAUUUAAUUUUAAUGAUUCAACAAAAAAUAAAUUGAGUUUGAAGUUUGUGUACCUAUAUCUGGUAAAAACUGAGGAUUUGCCACCGAUAUUAAAAUAGAUAAACACAAUCUAAUUAUCUGAUUGGUCAAUCUUCAGCUGGGAUGCAAGCAUGAAUUAUGUAUAUCAUAUACAGCAGUUUGACAACACACUAGUUUUGAUAAUUUUUACAGAGUUAUCUCCCUGUUGUGUUAUGUACUAUCAUACAGAUGCUUAGUUCAUUGAUGCAGUCUUUGUUCAAAUAUAUUGUGAUAUUUUUAAGAAUCAAUAUUUAGAAGAUUUCCUAUUGUUUCAUUGUUCAGAAAUGUCUGAAAAUUGACAAUUGUUCUUACUUAGAUUUAUCAUGAUAUCCUUCUGUGAUGUAAUUAAAUAGUCCCAUGUAUAUAAACAUUUAUAGUUUUGUAUUUAGUAGAGUAUUUUAUUUGCACUAGUUAUAUUUUUGAGCAAUUUACAUUUAUCAUGAUAUUUAUUUGUAUAAACUUUAUUUCUACACUUGUUAUAUCCAGCAUAUUUAACCUCUUAACCUUGUUUUAUUUGUUUAAAGUAUUAAUUUUAUGAGAGAAAAAAAUACUGUAAUAUAUUAUUUAUUGAUGAUGGAGAUUUGAGCCCUUAGCUUGGAAUGUCACAGUAUAUACCCUACCAGAGACCUAAAUUACACCUGUCUUAAUGGGUUUUAGCCCACCUGGCCCAAAGGGCCAAGUGAGCUUUUCCCAUCACUUGGCGUCUGGGGUCUGGCGUCGUCUGUCGUUGUUAAAUUUUACAAAAAUCUUCUCCCCUGAAACUACUGGGCCAAAUUUAACCAAGCUUGGCCACAAUCAUCAUUGGGGUAUCUAGUUUGAAAAUUGUGUCCAGAGGCCCGCCAAAAUAACCAAGAUGGCCCCCAUGGCUAAAAAUAGAACAUAGGGGUAAAAUGUAGAUUUUGGCUAAUUACUCUGAAACCAAAGAAUUUAGAGCAUAUCUGACGUAAAAUCGUUUAUGAGGUCAAGAUCUAUCUGCCCUGAAAUUUUCAGAAGAAUGAGACAAUGGGUUG